CGGCCUUCAGUCCACAACUGGAGCGCGGCGCACGCAGCAAACACGCGUUUUAGCAAAGGAGCCUGGAUCGAGCCGAUUGCACAUUGUCACUCUCUUCCAUCUUGAAAAGCAGUGAGAAAACUGAACGUGGUCAGAACUCACUGUCAAGCCAAAAUGCAGAUCUUUGUAAAGACUCUCACUGGCAAGACCAUCACACUUGAGGUUGAACCAAGUGACACAAUUGAUAAUGUGAAGGCCAAAAUCCAGGACAAAGAGGGAAUUCCUCCAGAUCAACAGAGGCUGAUCUUUGCUGGAAAACAGCUUGAAGAUGGCAGGACUCUCUCAGAUUACAACAUCCAAAAAGAGUCAACACUCCAUCUUGUGCUUCGUCUGAGAGGUGGUGUUAUUGAGCCUAGCUUGCGUCUCCUUGCCCAAAAAUACAACUGUGAAAAAAUGAUUUGCCGAAAAUGCUAUGCAAGGCUACACCCAAGAGCUAAAAAUUGCAGAAAAAGAAAGUGUGGACACUGCAAUAACUUGAGGCCAAAGAAGAAGCUUAAAUAGACACUUUUAAUUGUCCUUGUUCAAAUGUGAUAAAAGCAAUAGAUCACUGAA